CCGGCGCCCGAGCCGCGCCGGCCCGCCGAGAGGCGCGCGCGCCGCCGUCCGAGAGCGCGGCCCGAGCGGAGGCGCGGGUCGGGCGGGAGCAGCGGCGCGGGCGGGCGCCCGAGCGCGAGCAUGAUGUCGACCUACAAGCGCGCCACGCUGGACGAGGAGGACCUGGUGGACUCGCUCUCCGAGGGGGACGGCUACCCGAACGGCCUGCAGGUGAACUUCCGCAGCUCCCGGACGGGCCAGCGAUGUUGGGCCACACGGACCCCGGUGGAGAAGCGGCUGGUGGUGCUGGUGGCCUUUCUGGCAGUAGGACUGCUCAUCAGCCUGGCAGCGCUGGGCGUCCAGUACCGGACAAGUAGCCCUCCAGUGUGCCUGAGCGAGGCCUGUGUCUCUGUCACCAGCUCCAUCUUGAGCUCCAUGGACCCCACAGUAGACCCCUGCCAGGACUUCUUCACCUACGCCUGCGGUGGCUGGAUCAAAGCCAACCCUGUGCCUGAUGGCCACUCACGCUGGGGGACCUUCAGUAACCUUUGGGAACACAACCAAGCCAUCAUCAAGCACCUCCUGGAGAACUCCACAGCUAGUGUGAGCGAGGCAGAAAGGAAGGCUCAGGUGUACUACCACGCGUGUAUGAACGAGACCAGGAUCGAGGAGCUCAAGGCCAAGCCCCUGAUGGAGCUGAUCGAGCGGCUUGGGGGCUGGAACAUCACAGGGCCCUGGGACAAGGACAACUUCCAGGACACCCUGCAGGUGGUCACCUCCCACUACCGCACCUCGCCCUUCUUCUCCGUCUAUGUCAGCGCCGACUCCAAGAACUCCAACAGCAACGUGAUCCAGGUGGACCAGUCUGGCCUGGGCUUACCCUCUCGGGACUAUUACCUGAACAAAACCGAAAAUGAGAAGGUGCUGACAGGAUACCUGGACUACAUGGUCCAGCUGGGGAAGCUGCUAGGCGGCGGGGACGAGGACGCCAUCCGGUCUCAGAUGCAGCAGAUCCUGGACUUCGAGACGGCGCUGGCCAACAUCACCAUCCCGCAGGAGAAGCGUCGGGACGAGGAGCUCAUCUACCACAAAGUGACGGCAGCUGAGCUGCAGACCCUGGCGCCUGCCAUCAACUGGCUGCCCUUCCUCAACACCAUCUUCCACCCCGUGGAGAUCAACGAGUCAGAGCCCAUCGUGGUCUACGACAAAGAGUACCUGGGGCAGGUGUCCACCCUCAUCAACAACACCGACAAGUGCCUGCUGAACAACUACAUGAUCUGGAACCUGGUGCGGAAGACCAGCUCCUUCCUCGACCAGCGCUUCCAGGAUGCCGACGAGAAGUUCAUGGAGGUCAUGUACGGGACCAAGAAGACCUGCCUUCCCCGCUGGAAGUUCUGCGUGAGCGACACGGAAAACAACCUGGGCUUCGCCCUGGGCCCCAUGUUUGUCAAAGCGACCUUCGCUGAGGACAGCAAGAACAUAGCCAGUGAGAUCAUCCUGGAGAUCAAGAAGGCAUUUGAGGAAAGCCUGAACACGCUGAAGUGGAUGGACGAGGACACUCGGAAGGCAGCCAAGGAUAAGGCGGAUGCGAUCUACAACAUGAUCGGGUACCCCAACUUCAUCAUGGACCCCAAGGAGCUUGACAAGGUCUUCAAUGACUACUCCACAGUGCCAGGUCUUUACUUCGAGAAUGCCAUGCGGUUCUUCAACUUCUCCUGGAGGGUCACUGCCGACCAGCUCCGGAAAGCUCCCAACAGAGACCAGUGGAGCAUGACCCCACCCAUGGUGAAUGCCUACUACUCACCCACCAAGAAUGAGAUCGUGUUUCCAGCCGGAAUCCUGCAGGCUCCCUUCUACACCCGCUCCUCACCCAAGGCCUUAAAUUUUGGUGGCAUUGGUGUCGUCGUGGGCCAUGAGCUGACUCAUGCAUUUGACGAUCAAGGACGGGAGUAUGACAAGGACGGGAACCUGCGGCCCUGGUGGAAGAACUCGUCGGUGGAGGCCUUCAAGCAGCAGACGGAGUGCAUGGUGGAGCAGUACGGCAACUACAGCGUGAACGGGGAGCCCGUGAAUGGGCGGCACACGCUCGGGGAGAACAUCGCCGACAACGGGGGCCUCAAGGCGGCCUAUCGGGCCUACCAGAACUGGGUGAAGAAGAAUGGGCCCGAGCAGACGCUGCCCACCCUGGGCCUCUCCAACAACCAGCUAUUCUUCCUGGGCUUUGCACAGGUCUGGUGCUCCGUGCGCACGCCCGAGAGCUCCCACGAAGGCCUCAUCACGGACCCUCACAGCCCUUCCCGCUUCCGGGUCAUCGGCUCCAUCUCCAACUCCAAGGAGUUUUCGGAACACUUCCACUGCCCGCUGGGCUCCCCUAUGAACCCGCCUCACAAGUGUGAAGUCUGGUGAGGUGUGAGCAAGAGCCAAGACAGGGGCUGGCACCGUGAGGCGCUGCCCAGCCCCUCACCCCCCCACCAUACUGGCAGGCUUCCCGGGGCCAGCAGAGCCCGGGGUUAGGCGGGAGGGGGGUCUCUGCAUCGUCUGAGAUUUGGUCCCCGCAAAGACCCUGUCGCCCCCAGACCCUGUGCCAGCUCUGACAGGCUCUAGGGGGACAGACCGGGUCCCACAUCGACAAGGGGGGCAGGACACGGCCCCCGCCCACAUCCAGCGCCAGAAGCACCACAGACGCCACUGUGUCAAAUGUUUUAAAGAUAUAUUUUUGGGGAAAACUAUUUUUUAAACAUUGUGGAAUACACUGGAAAUCUUCAGGGAAAUAAGACAUUUAAAACACUUUUUUUUUAAAGGGAAGAAUUGGUAUAUUUAUUAUGUUUUGUUUUUCUAAGUAACCUGUGGACAAGGGAAGCCCCUGACAGUCCCCCCUUUCCCCUGCCUCACGGCCGCAUCAGACUGAAACUGAGCUUUGAGCAGGCCCCAGAUCUAGUGCUGGGCCCCUGGGCUCCACCAGCCCCCUCCCCUCACUGCCAUUGCUCCCCCAGGGUCCGGGCAGCCUGGAGGCCUGGCACGGGGAGUGGCCCACACACUGGCACGCCUGCCCUGGUGACUUGUCUGUAGGCCCUGGGCACCCAGAGCCCUCCGGGCCACUGCCCACCCCCCACCCCCCGCCACCACCCCCCACCCUGUGCAGUAGAUGCCUCAUUGAGCCCUUUUCUUUCUGCUCUGGGGGCCCCAUUGCCCUCCUGCAGCAUCGCCACCCCCCCAUCCCAGCCUCUGAGGGGUCAGCCUUGCCCAGCCUCUUCCCCAGGGGAUGGAGAAGUAAAAAUGCACCACAGCCCCAGGAAAUCCACCCUCAGCUCCAGCCCCGCCCCCACCCUCCAGUGCCUUAUCUGAGGCUGUGGCUUGGGCUCCCCGCUAAGGAGACCCUCCCCCCACCCAGCCCCCAGGGGCCCUGUGGCCUCUGCAGUCAAGCCCCCAAGUGACCUAAUUGGAACUCAAGGCCAUACCCCCCCUCCUCGCGUCACCCACCCUGCUCCCCUCCAGCCCCCAGCAGCUCCGGCCUCAGGACCAGUGGCCUUCCUGGAGGCCCAAAGUCUGGGCGGCUUCCUGAACUUGCACAGCGUUCCGAACCACCCCAGCCCCUGGGCUGGACCAGGACAGUCCCCUCAGUGGAGACACAGCCCGCCCCAGGCAGCUGUGCCUCAUCCGUGUGGCAUGAGGUGGGGUGCCAAGACAGCCACACGUCCUCCCCCAGCAUCUUGAGGAACCGCCCAGGUCGUGCUCAGCAUAGCCCACCCCUGUCUGGGGAAGCCGGUGCCCUCCCACCUCAGCAGCCUGGGCCACCUCCCUCACUUCACCAGAAGGGAACCCUCCCCGCCCAGAGGAGCAGGAGACACUCAGGGACGGCCUCGCCCGCUGCAGCUCAGCCGCCGAGCAGAGGGGGGCUGUGGGGAGUGGACUGCGGAGGAUGAGGCGCCUUGUCCCUCAGCUGGUCAGAAGGAAAAGCGAGAGUCGCUCCCAAGUAGGCUUUCCCGGGCACCUGCUGUGCCCCCUGUCACCCACCCUCCUGCCAUCCCCGUGGAAGACCACCGCCCAGGAGAGCAGGUGUCGGCACAUGGCGUGGCAGGGAGCCCUCCCGCCGCCCCAGCCAGAAGCCAGUGUCCCCCAGGAGAUCGUGGGCCGCAUUCCUGCUUCAGGAUGUGCCAGCAGGGCCCAGGAGGACGCCAGCUGCAGGGCCGGAAGCCACGGCCACCCUGCUGGUACCCCUCCUCACCCCGAAUCCUCGAGAAAGAAACUGAGCGGAGCAGGGGCAGCUGCCCCCGCCAGUCCCUGCCCACGGGGCCGUCUCCUCUAUGGGUACGUGGACGGGGCUUGGAGCUGGGA